AUGUCGAGCUCAAUGGGACCGAAGCCCCUCACGUCGGCGUUUGAAAGCCCGACAUUCGAUGAGGACAGCUCGUUCCAUGUAGAGCAGCCUGUGGGGGCAAUGUCAAUAUCCCCUUGUGGCCGAGACGUGGUGCUAGCAUCUAAGGAGGGUCUACAUGUCAUUGAUCUGGAUUCACCCUAUUCUCCACCACGACAUCUCCCUCACCACACACCAUGGGAGGUGGCUGAUGUCCAAUGGUCGCCAUUUGCAGCACGCGACCAAUGGGUCGUCAGUACGUCCAAUCAGAAGGCAUUGGUCUGGAACUUGGCAAUGAAGACGUGGCAGAACUCGAUUGAGAUUGUACUGCACGCCCACUCUCGCGCCAUCACCGAUAUCAACUUCUCGGCUUUUCAUCCGGAUCUGCUCGCAACCUGCUCUGUAGACAGCUUUGUGCACUGCUGGGAUUUGCGCAGCCCGGCGCGUCCCGCUAUCUCUUUCUCUGAUUGGUUUACUGGUGCAACCCAGGUCAAAUGGAACCGGCAGGACCCUCAUGUUAUUGCAAGUUCACAUGACCGGUUUCUUCGGAUCUGGGAUGACCGCAUGGGCGCGUACCCAAUCAAAUCGAUUGAGGCUCAUAAUACAAAGAUUUACGGAGUCGAUUGGAAUCGUGUCCGACGUGGCGCGCUGGUGACUUGUUCUCUGGAUAGGACUAUCAAGUUCUGGGAUUACACUUCCGAAUCAGAUGUUCCAGAGAAGCAGAUUCAUACUCCAUUCCCGGUAUGGCGCGCACGGAAUACGCCAUUUGGAUGGGGUGUUCUUGCAAUGCCGCAGAGAGGCAAUAAUGAUCUACAUCUAUAUAGUCGGCGAGCCGAAGAUGGUUCGAGCAAAGAGGCUGACCUACCCCUAGCGCAUAGCUUCCCUGGGCACAAGGGGCAAGUCAAGGAAUUCCUCUGGAGACCGCGUGGAGGGGUGGCCGAUGGUAUCGACCACCGUGACUUCCAACUUGUGACAUGGGGAACAGACAGGGAACUUCGCUUACACAGAGUUGACCCUGAAAUCCUACAGCGCGUGGGCUACGAAAAGGGCAAGUCCUUUAUUUCAACUCGAACAGUCACACGCCUCGGUGCUGUAUAUCGCAGUUUCCGUGAUGUGAAUUCAGACUUGGACUUCGAAGAUCUUGACACAGCUUCCUCAAUUGGGGCCCAGAAUCAAAAUCAAUCGACAGGUUCUGGAAUGAAUGCUAUAUCAGUUCCCCACUCCCGUGGUUGGAUCAAAGGAGGUCAUGUUGACCGAGUUGGCAUGCUACCCAGAUCAAAUCUAAGAGCUGAUACCAAUCCAAUUGCUUGGAUGCGUGGUGUGAAGAUCUCAGGCUGGGAUAUUGAGACAUUGGGAGACGAAAUCAGCCACGUGGGUGAAAAGUUCACCAAAGUGGCAUUCGACUCUGUCGAUGUCCGACAACGAAAGAUUACAAUUUCGCUCAAUGGGCCUUGGGGCACUGACGGUGCCUCUUUGUUCUUGAAGGUGGAUAUCAAGUUUCCAAACAGCUACCCCAAAUCUGCUAUUCCGACAUUUGCAUUCCAAAAGACGGCCACUGUUACCGACGAAUGGGCUGCAAAGAUGACUGCUGAAUUGCGAACAAUCGCUGAAACCUACAUGUCCCGAAGUAGGGGGUGCCUGGAAGGUGCAGUGCGCUAUCUUCUGGGAGAAAGCAGCCUAGAAGAAAGCAUUGCUUUGAUUCUCGGUGAAACAGGUGACAACAUCAAAUCACCUGUUAACGGUGAAUUAGAAGGCGAAUCUAGCGACGAGGAUGAAGUCGGCAUGACCCAAAGCCAAGAGCUGGGUAUGAGCUCAGAGCUUCUACGCCCCGUUAAUGCCAAUGUCAUGGUGCCUGUAGCCAAAGCCUGCGGUGCGAUAUGGGCAAAUGACGGCCGCCUUGUGUGCUUCUUCCCACCGAAGAAGGACAAAUCGUCGGAGCUAUUCGAGACCAUGGGGUUCAAAGAAAUGAGCAGAUGGUCUCGAGGGGAUAAGGUAUUUGAAGGCUUUGGUCGUCUACAAACCAACUCACCCGGCCCACGCGGCGGAAUGGGCACCAUCACCAGCACAGAAGACGGUGCAUCAUCUGACUCGGAGGAUUCAUACUCUGAGACAUCCAGCUCUUCAGGCUCAUCCGAUAUGCUUUCGGGAUUGCCAACACGUUUUCCAGCACCCCAGACAUGGCGCAGCGCUGGCAGCUAUGGAGCGCACCGGCCACGAUCAACAGAUAACUCGCAGCGAUCAACUGGUGGUGGCGCGGUAGUCAAAUCGGAAGGGCCUCAAAAUAUCAUAUCAAUUCACAAUUUGAGUGAUUUGUUACCAGUCAAGCGAGAACUGGCUAGCCAAUAUAGCAUAUGCGGUAAAGGGCCAGACGUGUGUGCCCACAACGCGGCUGUCGCCCUUGACGCUGGAUGCUAUGAGUUGGCUCAGAUCUGGGGGUUGAUCAAGUUGAUUCUGCAUGUUAGAAAGAACCCUGGCUCCUUGCCUGAGUCGGGACUACUGCAACGGCGUAUUCAAAGGAAAGGAAGCGGACUUGGUGGUAUCGGAAAAGAUGGUCUCUACAGAGAUUUGACUGGAAGUAUCAUUCGCUGGGGAGAUCACCCCCUUGGCAGUCACUGGCUUGUCCCUGCUCUCUUCGAGCACUUUGAGCGCAUUGGAGAUGUACAGAUGGUAGCGAUGCUAUCCUGUGUUCUACAUGAAGCAAAUCAAGAGGACGGCUUAGAAAAGCAAAAAAAGAUGCCUGGACAACAGGCUUUCUCAUUGGAUUUCUCAGUCGCACCGGUCGUUCAAUCAAAGCUUCCAGCUGUGACACCUGCUUCUUCUGUCCCGAAAGAUAUCCAAGCCAUGCCUGUGUCUCAAACAUCAGCACGGUCUUCUAGCGAAAUAUGGCGGCUUGAAUCAACACCACCACAUUCAACGGGCACGACGCCCCCAUUUAUGUCUCGCCCUCGCGGUAUUGCGCCUGACCGAAAAUCCUUGAGUCAGAAUAUGUCAAUCGCUGCGUCACCCGAUCAGCAAUCCCAGCCAAGGAGCGGAUCUGGAUUUGGAUCGGUAUUGGCAUCGUCAUUAUCUCGCUCAUUCACAUUUGGACCAUCGUCCGCAUCCCCACCGACAAGUAGAUUGGACAAGAAAAAGCCAACCCCACAGGAAAGUCCGAGUGUGGCGACAACAGGACAAGUGUCGGAGGCCCAAUCAGACGUUGAGAGUGACGAAGCACCCAAACAAAAACCUCCAGCAAGGUUCAAAGUCACGAUGAAGAACCAAAGGGCUUUCGAAAGCGACGGAUCAACACAAGACUCACUCCUCGACGAAUCCAAAGAACCACUCUAUCGCGCAUACCGUGCCGCAUAUGCCGACCUACUUUCAAUCUGGGACCUCCCAGUCCAACAAAGCGAAGUCAUGAAAAUCGGAACUGUGACCGAUCGAGUAGACGACAUGAACGCCAGUCACUACUGGAACAGCACCACUGAAACCGAACCCUCCAUGAAAGACCCACCCGGUCCAAUUACCCAGAACCUUGAUUUCCAGCGCCAUUGCACUAGCUGUGGCCAUGCGCUGCAAAUUUCCAUCUUUAAUAAACACCCUAUGGCCCCUGAUACCCCGUCCAAACGUCACCAGCGCAAAUCAUCUGCUCGGCGAUGCUCCAAUUGCCAACCCCGUCAGCCGCUUCCUACGAAAUUACCCUGUGUUAUUUGUCGGGAGGUGGUCGACGGCAUGCUAAUACCCUGUCUGGGCUGCGGCCAUGUCAGCUGCUUCGACUGUCACCAGGACUGGUUCCUCCGGCCAGGCGAUAAGUUUGACGGCUCACUCGACCAAGACCUUAACUCCCUCCCGUCUUGCCCGACCGGUUGUGGCUGCCAAUGCUCCGAGCAUAUGGUCGUUAAUGUUCCCAUGCCGUCGUGGGAAACACCAUCACCCUCACCAUCUCCAAACCCAAACCUUCACCUUCAACCGGGGCAUAAUGCAUCAACGUCUGUCUCACCUAGUCGAACAGCUCACCAGAAACAUUCUCGUCGGAGACAAUCCGAGCCUGCUGUUGCUGUUGACCCUCCUAGGAGAGACCAGCUCAAGUCUCGCACUGGAACUGACCAGCUUCCAGAUGAAUUGGACAUGUGGCAGGAAACUUCACCUUUUGCUUCGUUGGCGAGGGGUCUGGGUGGUGGAUUGAGUCGCGGGUUGCGGACCAAGGAGGAGCGCAAGAAGAACAAGUCUGUUGCCAUGGCUCCGAAUGUGAAGCGUUCUUAA